AUGUCCAGCGAAACUCCUACUUUCCUCAAACAUCUCGGACCCAAAGAUCGAGCUCGAAUCAAAGAUAAUAUCGCAAAAGGUGUACUAGACAAAAUGGGUGGCAUCAACGAACAAACUUUCAUCGCCGUCAAGCCAGAUGGUGUCCAGCGUGGACUGAUUGGCCCCAUCAUCUCUCGCUUCGAGAACCGUGGCUUCAAAUUGGUCGCCAUCAAGAUGGUCGUCGCUUCCAAGGAGCACCUCGAGAAGCACUAUUCCGACCUGAGUGACAAGCCUUUCUUUGGCGGCCUUGUUUCCUACAUGGCUAGCGGUGCUAUCUGCGCCAUGGUCUGGGAAGGACGUGACGUUGUCAAGACUGGCCGUGCCAUCCUUGGUGCCACCAAGCCCAGCGAGUCGUCCCCUGGGACCAUCCGUGGUGACUACUGCAUUGACGUUGGCCGUAACGUCUGCCACGGCUCCGAUGCUGUCGAAAGCGCCCAGAAAGAGAUUGCUCUUUGGUUCGACAAGAGCGAGAUUACCUCCUGGAAGUCCGCCCAGCAAAGCUGGAUCUACGAGAAGGAGGACUAA